ACGGAUGUUGAAAUCGGUCAGUUAUAGUUUUGAUUUUCUUUGUUUCGAUUAUAAGCGUUGAGUUUUAAUUAGCUUUCGUAGUGAUCAAGGUAUCGUAUGAACCUUCUUCGCCAUCGCUGGUCGAGCUUUUUAUUGAGAAUGGCGGAAGAGAUGACCAAAUCCGCCGACCUUGGAUCCUCUACAACAUCUGCAACUAAGUCCAGAUCGCUCUGGCCUUCUGUCCUCCGUUGGAUCCCCACCUCCACCGAUCACAUCAUCGCGGCCGAAAAGCGCCUUCUUUCUCUAGUCAAGACUCCCUAUGUUCAAGAACAGGUUAAUAUAGGCUCCGGCCCACCGGGUUCCAAAAUGAGGUGGUUUCGAUCUUCGAGCAGUGCGCCAAGGUUCAUCAACACUGUCACAUUUGACAGUAAGGGCGAUUCUCCGACUCUUGUGAUGGUCCAUGGAUACGCUGCUUCUCAAGGCUUCUUCUUUAGGAAUUUUGAUGUUCUUGCAAGUCGUUUCAGAGUCAUUGCGAUUGAUCAGCUUGGUUGGGGUGGAUCAAGUAGGCCUGACUUCACAUGCAAAACCACUGAAGAAACCGAGGCAUGGUUCAUUGAUUCCUUUGAAGAAUGGCGAAAAGCCAAGAACCUCACCAACUUUAUAUUACUUGGACAUUCAUUUGGAGGAUAUGUUGCAGCAAAGUAUACUCUUAAGCAUCCAGAGCACAUUAAGCACUUGAUUUUAGUUGGACCUGCUGGCUUCUCAUCCGAAUCUGAUGGAAAAUCAGAGUGGCUUACUCGGUUUAGAGCAACAUUGAAAGGAGCCCUUGCAAGCCAUUUGUGGGAGUCUAAUUUUACUCCUCAGAAGCUCAUCAGGGGUUUAGGUCCAUGGGGCCCCAAUCUUGUCCAGAGGUACACAACUGCUAGGUUUUGUUCUUAUUCAACAGGGGAGAUGCUUACUGGAGAAGAGUCCAAAUUGCUAACAGAUUAUGUGUACCAUACUCUAGCGGCUAAAGCUAGUGGGGAGCUGUGCUUGAAAUAUAUUUUUUCUUUUGGAGCAUUUGCAAGGAUGCCCCUUCUACAGAGUGCAUCAGAGUGGAAAGUGCCAACAACUUUUAUAUACGGCUAUCAAGACUGGAUGAACUAUCUAGGAGCUCAAGAAGCUCGCAAGCAUAUGAAGGUCCCCUGCGAGAUAAUUAGAGUUCCUCAGGCUGGGCACUUCGUGUUCAUAGACAACCCUAAUGGUUUCCACUCGGCCGUUUUCUAUGCUUGCUGUAGAUUUAUUUCAUCCAACCCCGAAAACGAAUCCAUUCCCGAGGGUUUGACAUCCGCCUGACAGGUGUUCACUGUAAUCUUUUCUAUUUUCUCCCUAAUCCGUGUGUAACAGUUAAAUUAGGCAUACAAAUGACUCUUAAAUUCGUCCAUGGAACAACUUAAAUGCUUUAAAAUGUAGUCAAGUGAAUUGUUGUAUACAUAAAAUGCCAUAGCCGGUGUGUUUGUUGUGUACAUUAGUAAAACAAAUAAAAUGAGGGAAAUUUUAUUACUAUAUUCCGU